AUGUCACUCUCUCCGUCUAUCCAGCUCUAUCGGUUUUUCUCCCUCCCCUCUCUAAUUCUCUUUUACACCAUCCGUAUUUGUCUCUGUAUCUGUCUCUCUCUUAUUUCCUUUCUCUCUUAUUCCACCCCUAUCUUUUAUUUCUCUGUUUCUCUCUCCUGCUCUCCGUCCAUCCAUCUCUCUUUUUUCUUCUUCCAUCCGUUCGGUUCUUUCUCUUACGCCUUCCCUCCUCUUUCUCUCCGUUUUUCUCCUUUCAUCCAUCUAUUUAUCUUCCUUAUUCCUUCCCUUUUUCUUGUACUUCCUCCCUCUAUCUCUUCUCUCUUACUUCCUCUCGCUUUCUCACUUCACUGUCUGUCUUAUUCCUCCCACUCUUCGUUUUUUUUUAUUUCUUUCUUUAUAUCUCGUUAUCUCAAUCCCUCUCUAUUACUUCCUGCCUCCUCCUUUUUUUUCUUUUUUACUCUCUUACCUUUAUCUUACGCAAUCCUUCUUUCACCCUCUUACUCUACCCCUUCUCCUAAUUCCUCGCUCUAUCUCAUCUCUCUUAUUUCCUCUGUCUUUCUUAUUUUCCCAUCUGUAUCUUGCUCCUCCUCGCCACAACCCCUCUUUUCAUUUUUCUUUCCAUCUUUCUCUCUUACUGACUUUCUCUAUACAUCUUCUAUUUUUUUUAUUCACUCCUCUCAUCCAUUUCUGUUUCUUUUUCAAUCUUUCUCUCUUUUUCGUUGUAUUUCUCCCUCAUUUUUCAAUAAAAACACAUGCGUAUCUGGAAAACAAUAUUCAAUUUCUUUAGAAAGGGAAUCGAUAAUUUCUUCUUUUUUUUUUUUUCAGUUAUGUAGCGAACAUUCUCUUCACCUUCUCUUCCGCCAAUAUUGUUCGAUUUGCGGAGUUAAACAAGCUUUUUUCUUUCUUUCUUUUUGGUUUAAUUUCUACGCUUCAAAAUCACUUUCUUCUCUUUUUCUCUCAUCUUUCUUUCUUUUUAAUUUUCAUCUUUCCCAGUCCUUUUAUCGCUUAAUCGUUCACUUUCUCUUUCUUUUUACUGACUCGCAAGCUCUUUCCCCCUAUCUCUCUCUCUAUCUAUCUAUCUUAUUCAUUCAUUUGUUCCUUUAUUAUUUAGUUCUCUUUCUUUUUCCUUUCUUUUUUCUCUAUAUUUUCUUUCUUUUUCUCUUCUUUUUUCUUUCAUUCAUUCAUUGUACUUUUUUGCCUAUUCACCUUUCUUUUACAAUUUUUCUUUACCUCUUUCCUCGUCUCUUCUUUCCUAUAUUUUCUUCUUCAAUUCUUUCUUUAUUGUAUUUUAACAUUUUUUUUCCCCAUUUUUGCAUUCGUUGCCUCUUUCUCUUAAAAUUCACCUUCCUUCCUUCCUUCCUUCCUUCCUUCCUUCCUUCCUUCCUUCCUUCCUUCCUUCCCUCCUUCCUUCCUUCCUUCCUUCCUUCCCAAACACUAAAUCCUAUUAGCAGAUAA